AUGGAAUCAAAUGGGUUUUCAGCGAAUAGUUGUAAUGGAGAAGCAUCAACAUCAUUAGUAGUUCCAAUUAAGGAUAUUAUCGACCAUCUGAAACUUGUAAAGGAUGAUAUUCAACCAGACGAAAGUGGAUUAGUAGCAAUGUCAAAAUCGAUUGAGUAUUUUAUACGUUAUAUUAUUCAACAUGGAAGUUUCAAUGGCGAUCCAAAUAGCGAAUACGAUUCGAUAGCGCGCACAAUCGCGUGGCUCAAUUCUGGAGUUCUUCGAGAGUUUUUCCCAUCGCGGACACCAUUUGCGGAAGUGAUAAAUCGUAUUGGAGAGGACGAAGAGCACAAUGAGCAAUUCGAUAUCGAUCAUCACCAACAGCAUAAUAUGUGA